AUGCAAGAACUUUCUGGCUUCAAAGCUUUCUUUAUUUUUAUUGGCAGUCUACUAAUUUCUUUCUCGAUAACUCUGUUUCUCAGAUACUUUGGCAAGAUUGAUCACAUUGGAAUUCAUUUCAGGAAAAUGCAGAGAGGGAAUAAGGCAAGAUUUUUUGAAAAAUACUUGAGCUUUAUCACAGGCUUAAUUCUAAUUCCAACUAUUCUAAAUUUCAUUAAUGGAUAAGACAUUAACUUCUCUAAUGGAAAUAAAUACAAGAUAUUUGAUGAUGAUACCUACUCAUAAGAUUUGACAAACGGCUCCCAGGGAGGCACAAAUUUAUUAAGUUUAAUUCUGGGUGGAUUUCUAAUGGGAGUUGGAACUAAAAUGACAAAGGGAAGCACUUUGAAUCAUGCUAUUAUUGGCAUCCCAAAGAUGCAAAAGCAAUCAAUUGUCAUUGUAUUACUAUCAAUUGAAGUAGCUGUCCUAGUCUCUACAUUCAAAAGCUAUAUUCCAUUCCUCUCGAUGAAUAAUCUUAAAUUCAGUGAUUUCUUCUAGUAAAUUAUGCACUACCUCUGCUGGAUAUUAUUCUUAUUUAUGCAAUUUACUUGUUUCUACCUGACUCAUUAGACGUUCAUGUGGUUUUAUAAACUUUAGUACAUUUUAAACUAUAUUUUUGGAGCUGUUCUCGGCAUUGGUCUUACUUUAUGUGGCUUCUGUUCUCCCUCACUCUUUAGAUCUAGUCUAGCUGUUGGUGAUUAAUGGAACUCAACUGUUACGCUAUCAUUGAUUAGUACCGUUGUAUUUAAUUCAAUAAGCUUCAACCUCUACCUCGAUGAUGAGACUCCGAAAUUUGAAAGAAUUCUGGGGGACUUAAAAUAGCCUAAUAGAGAAGAAAAAAAUAUAUUCAACAAGCGAUUGCUGUUUGGAGCUGCUAUAAUGGGAUCAGGACUUGGAUUGAGUGGACUUCAACCAAUGACUGCUUUGAUAAAUUUAUUUACCUGCUUUCAUGUGAUUGUCAUCUGGCUUGCAACUUUUGCUUCUGGCUAGACAUUUUAUUAGAUAAUAAAGACACUAUUAGGAAGGAUAAGAAAUUAAAAUGAGUGUGGUGAAUUCCUGAUCCAUCCAUAUUAGAGGUGA